ACCGAGCAAAACAGCAUCUUGGAAUGAUCUAUUAAUGCAUUGUUAGAGUCCGUUGACAGCCAUUUCUUCUUCAUCAUGAGGAAGCAAUUGCCACUUGCAAUACUCCUAUCAUUUGUGAUGACAAAUGCCAUCAGUCUUUUGGAAAGUACUCAGCAGGAAAGACAGAGAUGUGAUGAGGAUACAGUGUUUACCACAAAAACUAAAUGUGGAGCUUGUUCUGUUAAUUAUAAAAUCCGGUGUCCUGAAGGUUAUAGCAAAAUGACCAAAGGCUCUGGGAAACGCGGCUGCAGAUACCAGUAUGAAACCCACUCUUUAACUCUUUCUUUCAAUGGUUGUCAGCAUACCUGUAUGCGAACGUUGAAGCAGCCACAAUGUUGCUCAGGAUACUGGGGACAAGACUGCCUAGAAUGUCCAGGUGGACCAUUAUCACCGUGCAGUAACAGAGGACAUUGUUUUCAAGGAAUUUGGGGGAAUGGAACCUGUACUUGCCAGAAAGCAUUUGCUGGAACUGCCUGUGAAAAGUGUGCAGAAGACAAUGUUUUUGGACCUAAUUGUACUUCAGUAUGCAGCUGCAUUCAUGGAACAUGCAACAAUGGGCUAACUGGUGAUGGACAAUGCAUGUGUAUGUCUGGAUACAAAGGUCUUCAUUGUGAUCAACCAAUACCAGAAUGUGAAGCCUUACAGUGCCCAGAAAAUUCCAGAUGUUCUGUAUCAAGUGUGGACAAAAGUCAACUGGAAUGCAAGUGCCUUCCCAAUUAUGAAGGUGAUGGCAAACAGUGUAAACCUAUAAAUCCAUGCUCCAAAAUGGUUUGUGAUCCUCAUGCUGAUUGCCUAUAUCUUGGACCCAAUCAUCAUAACUGUACGUGCCAAUAUGGAUAUGAAGGCGAUGGCCAAGUAUGCGUACCAAUAAAUCCUUGCCAAAAAAACUUUGGUAACUGCCCUAUAAGUUCCACCGUCUGUAAAUAUGAAGGCCCUGGAAAGUCUCACUGUGAAUGCCAAGAACAUUUCAGGAACUUUGUACCUGGUCGAGGAUGCAGUAUGAAAGAUAUCUGUGCAACCAAUAAUCCCUGCCAUGAGAAUGCAGUAUGCACAAUGACUGCACCAGGACAAACCUUGUGCAAAUGCCAAAAGGGCUAUGCAGGUGAUGGAUUUGUAUGCUAUGGAAACAUCAUAGAUCAAAUUAGAGAGAUGAAUAACGAACCUGGAGGAUAUUGGCAAGGAAAUCUGAUAUCUGCAAUAGAACUUUUUGGUGGGUAA